UCUGGUCCCACCACGGCUGUCAACGAAGUAGCAGUCAUGAAGUGGAGGCUAUCGAUUUUCUUAAUCUUCCUACUAAAUUCUGCCGAGUGCAGAAUGAUGCAUAGAAAUGCAUAUGGAAUAGCUUCCACAUUGGAUUCCAAUCAGUGCUCUGCAGAGAAGAACUUUGUGGAUCUGGCCACCAUAUUCUUUGCACAGACGGUUCAAGAUGCUACGUACAAGGAAGUCAGCCAAAUGGUGAAUGACGUGGUGACUGUGCUUAAGAAACCCACCAAUGACCAGCAGCCGGGAGGGUGUUUAGAAGACCAGCUCUCUGUCUUCCUGGAAGAAAUUUGCCAUGAGAAGGAAAUUUCUGAAAAGUAUGGACUGUCGGCCUGCUGCAGCCAAAGCGGGGAGGAAAGACAUCGCUGUGUACUUGCACACAAGAAGAUCAGCCCAGCAUCCAUCCCACCCUUCCAGUUUCCAGAACAUGACCAGACUUGCAAAGAGUACGAAGAAAGCAGGGAGACGUUCAUUAACAAGUACAUCUACGAAGCAGCCAGAAGGAACCCCUUCACGUAUGCGCCCACGCUUCUUUCCCUGGCUGCUGGUUACAGUAAAGUGAUUCCAGCUUGCUGCAAAGCUGAGAACUCCGCGGAAUGCUUCCAGACAAAGACAGCACUGAUUGCAAAGGAAUUAAGAGAAAACAGCUUGUUAAAUGAGCAUGUAUGUGCAGUAACAAGAAAAUUUGGAACCCGAAACCUCCAGGCCAUGACUGUGAUUAAGCUGAGUCAGAAGUUUUCCAAAGCGAACUUCACUGAGAUCCAGAAGCUGGCCCUGGACGUGGCCCACACUCACGAGGAAUGCUGCAGAGGCAACGUGCUGGAGUGCCUGCAGGAUGGGGAAAAAAUUAUGUCAUAUAUAUGUUCCCAACAAGAGAAUCUGUCAAGCAAGAUAGCAGAAUGCUGCAAAUUGCCCACCCUUGAACUCGGCCAUUGCAUCAUUCAUGCAGAGAAUGAAGCCGCGCCCGAAGGUCUGGGCCCAAAUCUGAACAGGUUUUUGGGAGACAGAGAUUUCAGCAAGUUUUCCUCGGAGGAGAAAACCAUGUUCAUGGCGAGUUAUCUUCACGAAUAUUCGAGGCGACAUCCUGAGCUCGCAGUUCCAGUGAUUCUAAGGGUCGCUAAAACUUACCAGGAGCAGCUGGAGAAGUGUUUCCAGUCUGAAAACCCACUCGAGUGCCAAGACAACAUGGAGGAAGAACUGCAGAAGCCCAUUCAGGAGAGCCAGGCGCUGGCCAGGAGAAGCUGUACUGUCUUCCAGAAGAUGGGAGACUACCACUUACAAAACGAGUUGCUGGUGCUGUACACGCGGAAGGCGCCGCAGCUGGGCGCGGCCGAGCUCCUGGACCUCACCGGGAAGAUGGUGCACGUGGCCGCCUCCUGCUGCCAGCUGGGCGAGGACAAGUGGUCUGCCUGCGGCGAGGGCGCGGCUGAUCUCUUCAUCGGACACCUGUGCAUCAGACACGAAGCAAAGCCUGUGAACCCCAGCAUCGGCCAGUGCUGCAACUCCUCGUACUCCAACAGGAGGCCGUGCAUCACCAGCUUGGUGGUGGAUGAGACCUACGUCCCUCCACCGUUCUCUGAAGACAAAUUCGUCUUCCACAAAGAUCUGUGUCAAGCUCAGGGUAGAGAGCUUCAAAAGAUGAAGCAAGAGCUGCUCAUAAACCUGGUGAAGCAAAAGCCAAGAAUGACGGAGGAGCAGCAUGAGGUUGUCACCGCCGAGUUCUCCAGCUUCUUGGAAAAGUGCUGCCAAGCCCAGGAGCAGGAAGCCUGCUUUGCGGAAGAGGGUCCCAAGUUGAUUUUAAGAACUCGUGCUGCUUUGGGAGUCUAAAGAAUUUCAGGGGAAAAUAAGAAGAUUUAUGAGUCUGCAGUCUGGGGCGAACGUCUCUGUUGAUUUAGAGCCAACACCCUGUCAUGACGUGAUGAAGACUUCUGUUUGAGAUUUCUCUAUCAUAGAAUAAAGUUUUUCCAACUUUC